UUUUCAUGCUUUCCGGAUUCCUGCUGCAUAGAGACUGAAGGUGCCAUGAAAGAAUCGAGCGGCACUAAACGUGCGAGUGCUUUAUUUUGAAAAGGAACAGCCGGAAGUGUUGCUCACGGUUAGCUAGCUUGACUGUUGGAGGCGAUGCAGCGGAUCUAAGGCCGACAGAAAGGGAGCCGCUUUUUAAGGAAUGCCAUCCGCCGGAAUCAAUGCUGGGAGACAACUGGAUCAGAAAUAAUAUGGGGAAAAUUAAAAUGAUUCACCGAGCUUUGAGAAUGAGGAAAAGGCCGGCUCAGACACCAGCUUCCUCACCCCCUGACACCGGACAUUGGUAGCCGCCUGCCCGGCUUGCUAGCCCGUAGUCCUUCAAAAUCUCCGCUGGAAAAUCACGGAGCUUCUUUGUUUUUUAAAAGCUCAGAGAAAGACAGCCGACCGAGUUAAUUCCCCUCGUUUGACCUAGAGCUCUAACGUGAGUAAAUCUGACCGCUGGAGUCAAGCUAGUAGCAUCCUCUGGAGUCGGAUGGACCUGCGGCUCUCGCAGCAUCACCGCCCGAGAAUCCUUCCAGCCCGCCCUGCCGCACCGGAGCGUUGAGUAAAUCCCCGAGAAGCGGCUUUAAGAUGUCCGGAAACGUCCCGUCCUCUGCGCUUCUAGGCGCCGCGCACACAUUUCAUCAAUGCCGAAUAAUGUAAUGACCGUCCGGAGCGUACACCAUCAUGCGUAUGGCUGGCCGUGUCCGCCUCCAUCCCUGCGGAUGACACUCGCACGGACAGCGGGGGUUCAGAACAAACAGCGCCGAGACGGACGCGCCGUUGCCGGGUAGCGCUUAGAGACUUGACGUGAGCUCUCACACACACACAAAACAAACAAAAAGCAGACGCCAAUGAUAUCUCAUAAGGUUUUGGUCGCAAUAAUCCUGCUGAACGUGUACAUAGGGGUGCAGUCUGUGUUUUAUCUGUUCGGCGGCGUCCUUUUGACGGUUCUGUUCGCCAUGGCUUUUUUAAACGGACCGAGGCUGCUGGACUGGGCCAGCUCCCCGCCACAUCUCCAGUUCAAUAAAUACGUCCUGACUGGAUACCGGCCCAUCUCCUCCGUGCAGGACUGCGUCAGGAGCCUGUUUUACCUCCACAAUGAACUAGGGAACAUUUACACACACGGCAUCCCUUUGGUUUGCUUCCUGGUGCUGCUCCCGCUCAACAUCCCCUGGUCUCAGAUCAGCGUCACCUGGCUGGGCGUGGUGCACUUCCUGGCCUGCCUGUCGCCGCAGCUGGGCUCCGUGGUCUACCACCUGUUCAUGAACCACGAGGGCGGGGAGCCCGUCUACCACACCCUGCUGAAGCUGGACGUCUGUGGAAUCUGCAUGAUCAACACGCUGGGGGCGCUCCCCAUCGUCUACAUCACGCUGUGGUGCUACCCCUUCAUCCGCACCGUGUCGCUGCUCGUCUACAUCCUGCUGUCCACACACGCCAUCUACUGCGCAGUCACGGCCCGCAGCAGCGUGCGCCGGCUGCGCUCCUUCGCCUGGCAGGCCGUGUUCCGCUUCUCCUUCUUCCUGCUGCGCGGCGUGGGCGUGGGCAGCGGCAGCCCCACCUCGCUACGCCACUUCCUCAUGAUGGACGCGUUGGCCGUGCUGGGCGGGGUCAUCAACAUCACACGCAUCCCGGAGCGCUUCCGGCCGGGCCUCUUUGACUACUGGUGCAACAGCCACCAGAUCAUGCACGUACUGGUGGUGGGCUCCAUCCUUUACCUGCACUGGGGCGUCCUGGACGACCUGCUGUGGAUCAACAGCUACAUCUGUCCCUCCGAAUGACCCCAGCCCCCCGUCCUCUGGGACAGGAAGUUAAAGGACCUCUGAGGGGGCUGAGCGUCUCUGCAUGUGUUAAACUCAGAAUGUUUAUAUCUUCAUCCAUCCUAGAGGAGGCAGAGAGAAUAAGUAAGACGCACAGAAAUGUGGACAAAACCACACAAACACUUCAGACACAGAGAAGUAGAAACAUUUAAACAGUAAAAUGAACAACAACACUACUGUGCACAAGUCUUGUUGUCCCUCAUUUAUCUAUAUUUUGGUUCCAAGCAGACAGAUAAGUAUUUUUUCUUCAGAUUUUUGCUGCUUUUUCACAUCACUGUUGAUCUUUAAAGCACGUGUGUCAAAGCCAAGGCCAGGGGGCCAUAUCAGGCCCGUCAGAUCUUUUCAUGUGGCCUAAAUAUUAUUUUUAACAAUUAAAUCACAGCAGUUUUUAUCUGUGUGCUACCAAAUUAUAAAUAUGUCAAAAGAUAUCAAUAUUAUUUAACUUUACAAAGUUUAUAUUGAAUGCAGAGAGAGUUAUUUCUUAAUAUUUUAGUAGUUUGUUGAUGGUCUUCUGGCAUAGCCGGUCCUUUGAGAGAACAUUCCUGAUUCGUUGAAAUGAGUUUGACAUUCGUGCUUUAAAAGAUGAAAAGGAAAAUCUGACUAUUUGGAAUCACAUUUAAAGAAAUGAGGGAUGGUUUAAAACUUUUGCACAGUCAAAAAGUAGGUGAAUCCGAGUGAAGUUGCCAGCCGCCUGACUUCUUCAAACUAAACGGACUCGGUUUCAAACAUUUGUGCAGCAAAAGAUUUUGUUUGUGCCGCUAUUGUUUUAAACUUUAAAGAUAUUAAUAAAUGUUUCUGUAGGUCAUCAAAGGUCAACCAACCUGUCCAGAUUUUAAAAAUCAAGCAGAUUUGGUGUCAAUUAAUUGUGCUAUGUUUGUGCAGCAACAUUUUCUGUUUGUGCCGCUACAAUUUCUAAGAUUAAAAACAAGUUGCUUGUGCAGCUAACGCUUGUUUGAUUUUGUAAAUAUGAACUUGACAUUUGAUGUCCUCUGGAAACAUCAAUAUGUAUAAAAUAAUAGCAGCACAAGCAAAACUUUUUGCAGCACAAACGUAGCACAGUUGGUUGACACUAUAUUUUGUUUGAUUAUUUUGGUGUUAGUCAACUUUGAUAUUUGUGCAGCAACUUUUUUGUGUUUCUAUAAUUUCUCAGAUUUAAACAAAAGUUGUUUGUGCUGCUAAAAUAUUUGUAGUACAGCUGAUUGACACAGAAUUUGUUUGAUUUUGUAAAUAUGGAUUUACUGGUUGACCUUUGACCUCUGGAAACAUUUACUAAUAUCUUUUAAAGGGUAGCAGCACUUUUAUCAGCACAAACUAGCACGGUCAAGCUUAUUUUUGUUUGAUUAUUUUGGUGUCAAUCAACUGUUCUACAUUUGUGCAGCAAAAAUUUCUACAAUUAAGAAAAGUAAAUUUGUUUAUUGCCAAAUUUGCUUGAUUUUGUAGACAUGGACGGGCUGGUUGACCGUUGAUGACCUCUGGAAACAUUAAUAAAUUUAAAAUGAUAGCGCCUCAAACGAAAAUUUUGCUGCACAAACGUUUGACACAACUUUUGUUUAAUUUGAAGAAGAUGUGGGAGCCAGCUGAACUCAGGUAGUCAGAGAUAAUAUCUUAAAUAUCCGACGGUUGCUCUCAGAUGUCACUGUUGCUACCUAUGCAGCACAUCCAUAUCAACCCAUCAGCAUCGCAGCACACAGUCGGACUCCCUCACGUUUGAAUUUUUUUUUUGUGCUAAGCGCUCAUAAUGGGGUCGCCGCAGGAUUCCCUCUCUAAAUAUGGAGUCUCUCUGUUUAUUUUCUGGUUUUCUGCUCGUUUCCGUCCAAACGAAGACAAAACGCGAGUGAGGAGUUCAUUCCUGAUUCACACACAGCAGCAACAUCUGAUUGUUUUGGGCCGUAUCUCGGUGCCAUUUAAAUUCAGGAAUUAUUUAUGAGUUUACAAAUUUGUUUCACAUUUUAUCACAUCCCGACCACAGAUUGCAAUGUGUUUUAGUGGGAUUUUAUGUCAUUAACCAGGAAAAAUGUGUCAUUUUCAAAAUGAUUCAGGAUAAAAAUCUGUGGCACGUUUGUAUUAAUCCCCCUUUGCUCGCUCCCUCCUGAAGAAAAGCAUUAUGCUGCCUCCGCCAUGUUUUAUAAUGAUGAAGGUGUGUUUUGAGGCCAAAAAGGCUCUAUGAUCUAUGAACACAACAACAGAUUGACUCUCUGUAGUUCCUACAUUCCCGUCCUCACUGCUUCUAGAUGAAUAAUGCCCAGUCUUAUUAUUUUAGGUAUUUAUAAAAUUUAUUCACAAAUUUUCUAUGAAAUUUCCUCAGAUUAGUUAAAAAUGGGAACACUCUGUUUACUAAAGGGACAUGAAAGUAAACUUUUGGGGUAUCUGAGUAAAAGGGUUUUUAAAAAAAAUGCACGCCACACCUUUCAGAUUUCUAUAAAAUGCAUAUUUUUCCCUCUACUUCUUAGCUUUGAGUUGGUAUCUCACAUAAAACCCAAAUAAAACACAUUGAAGUUUGUGGUUGUAAAGGGGUGUGAACACUUUUCUGUUUUUAUUUCUGCUUAUUUAUUUAUUAACUUCAUUAGUUAUUUAACUUCAGGUUUUUGGUCUAAAAUGACUUUAGAAACUCUGUUUACUUUUUGAAUUUGGACGUUGACGUGCCAACCAAAAGCGCUUAAAUGAAAAGAUGCCAGUUAAUAAUUUGCCAAAAGUGCAGGAUUUAUUUAUUUAUUACUGUUUUUAUUUGGAUUUUAUUUAUGUGAAAGUAAAUUUAUUUAUUUACUGUUGCUAAUUAUAUAAAAAUUGUCUAUAUACUGCUGUAGGUCCAUGUUUACAUGUAGUUUUAAUGUAAUUUCUGCCACUACAAAGGCACAUAAUUACCACUUUAUACUUUAGUGUAAAUGCACUCCAGCCAUGUUUUAUGUAUGUAUGUAUGCGCUUUCUUUUAGAACUGAAAACGGUAAUUUUAUCCUACUUUAAUGUGUUUAUAAUUUGCAUAUUCUUCCAGCCUGACUGUUGUAAACAGGAAUGAACCUCCUCACUCUCGGCUCUUUUAAAACGUGGUUUAAUACAACGGGGUGUUAGUGCCAGGCUAAGAGAAAAUCAAUAAAAUUACAAGACUACUUUUUUUUUUUACAAGAAUAAAGUCAUACUAUUAUGAGAAUAAGGU